AAGGGACUUGAGGUGAAUCAGGGCCGAGUUACAGUAUGUCGAGAUGCUGCAAAAGGUAGAUGUUCACGUCAGCCGUGCAGAUAUUACCAUAUACCACUUCAAGCUAUCUCUGUGAAUAGAUCUCACGCGCUAAAUAGUGUUCUGAGCACUGCUGCAGCCUCUAUGAAUCAUCUAACUUCCAGCGGGAAUACUUCUUCAAUUGUCAGUACAUCUCCAUGCACAACCGUCACACAAGCUCCAGCUCUAUCCAUUUCUAACUCCACUUCUUUGAAUGGAUCUUCGUUCAAUCAUUCAACGCUGAUUUCUCAAUCUCAAUCACCUACCGGUCAAAGUACUGCGCCAGUAAAGUCAACUUCGACAUAA